CGUCAUAACUGAACUAAUGCUGGCCUACCCCAGUUGAGUAUUUUUUUUGCCUGAAGGCACUUUUCGGCAUUCUUCUUUCCGUAAAGAGGAUAAAGCUACCUCAUGAUCAACCUCAGACCCACUUAUAGCCAAGUUCUCAAUGUGGUGUCCAACACAAGUGAGGAGGUCGGAGAGCAAAAGUUGUCCCAAAACCGUUUGGACAUGGGCCGCGUGGUGCCAACUUCCCGGCUUUUGUCCGGAUCAACGCAGCUGCUACUGACGGUGCUGAUGCUGGCCACGGUCGCAAGAGUUGCAAAUGGUUGUUCGAUAUCAGGAUUGCAGGUCGGCAAGACGAGUAACACAAGCAUCACAAUCACAUGGACGAACAACAGCUACGUCAACAGCUACACCUUCGAAUUGUACGACAACGUUCAAAACGCAUCCUCAAACUUCAGCACAGAUGGGAGCGCCUACAACUUCACAUUCACGGAGCUGGUUCCUGGCAGGUCGUACAGAAUCCGUGUCACACUCGGCUGCGUCGGCUUCAGCAACUAUUAUGGCGAAGUGAACGCCCAAAUAAAUAUGGCAAUUCGCUUGGCUGGUAAUACCACCACAUGUCAGGGCCGGGUGGAGGUGUUCUACAAUGGCGAGUGGGGCACGGUGUGUGACGACUUUUGGAGCGCACAGGAUGCCAAGGUCGUGUGUCGGCAGCUGGGUUGUGGGCUCACUGGCUUUGCCGUGUCAUUGGCUUACUUUGGAUUGGGCAGUGGCCUUAUCUGGCUUGACGAUGUUCAGUGCUCUGGUUACGAGACUCAGCUCUCCGACUGUAGUCAUCUUCUCUGGGGGACACACAACUGCGGCCACGGUGAAGAUGCCUCGGUCAUCUGCUUGCAAGUGCCAAAUUUAAUCGUUUUAACCAUCACCAGCAAGACUACCACGACCAUGACAGUCUCAGGGACCACUUCUCUCCCGGAAUUGUUCUCCUACUCGAUCUACUUGCGAGAGACUGCGAGUGGAAACUUGGUUACAACAUUCUGGAUUUACUCAAACGUGACAACAUUUACUGGCUUGGUUCCUGGAAGGAACUACUCUGUGUCUGUGGAGGCUUCCAAUUCAACCUUUAAAUAUGAGUCAGAUGUGGUCACGGACAGAACUUUGCCUCCAAAAGUCAAUGUCACCGUCAUCGUCAACAGACCUACAGCCAUGACGGUCUCAUGGGUGGCUCCUAUUUCAGAUGUUGACUACUACAUAGUCUACUUAAAUGAAACUAACAACGCAUCAGUAGCACAUCACUUCAAUUUUUCCUCCAGUGUUACAAUGCAGCGCUUAAUUGGUUUAGUUCCUGGUAGAAGUUACCAGAUAUCUGUAACAGCGAACAGUGGCAUCAACUCCCAAUCAUCAGCCAUCAUUACUAAAAGGAGCUUUCCUCCACAAGUCACUGUUACCGUCAUCGUCAACAACCUUACAGCCAUGACGGUCUCAUGGGUGGCUCCUAUUUCAGAUGUGGACUACUACGUGGUAUACUUAAGUGAAACGUACAAUGCAACAGCAGUGAUGAGCUUCAAUUUGUACUCCAACAUUACAACACGAGCAUUUACUAAUCUUGUCCCUGGUAGAAGUUAUAAUGCGUCUGUAACCGCAUACAGUGGCAACAACUCCCAACCGUCAGACAUUGUCACGAGCAUAACCAAUAUGUCAAUUCGUCUGGCUGGGAAUACCACCACAUGUCAGGGCCGGGUGGAGGUGUUCUACAAUGGCGAGUGGGGCACGGUGUGUGACGACUUUUGGAGCACACAGAAUGCCAAGGUCGUGUGUCGUCAGCUGGGUUGUGGGCUCACUGUCUUUGCCGUGUCAAAUGCUUACUUUGGAUUGGGCAUUGGCCCUAUCUUGCUCGACGAUGUUCAAUGCUCUGGUUACGAGACUCAGCUUUCCGACUGUAGGCAUCGUCCCUGGGGGAAUAACGACUGCAGCCACUAUGAAGAUGCCUCGGUCAUCUGCUUGCAAGUGCCAAGUUACAUCGUUUUAACCAUCACGAACAAGACUUCCACGACCAUGACAGUCUCAGGGACGACUACUCUCCCGGAAUCGUUCUCCUACUGGGCCUACCUGAGAGAGACUGCGAGUGGAAGCUUGGUUACAACAUUCCAGAUUAACUCAACCACGGAAACAUUUCCUGGCCUGGUUCCUGGUAGAAACUACUCCGUGUCUGUGCAGGCUUCCAAUUGGUUCUUAUCAACUUUGUCAGAUAUGGUCAUGGACAGAACUCUUCCUCCACAAGUCAAUGUCACCGUUACCAUCAACAACUCUACGGACAUGACAGUCUCAUGGGUGGCUCCUAUUUCAGAUGUUGACUACUACAUAGUCUAUGUAAAUGAAACAAACAACUCAUCAGUAGCAUAUCCCUACAAUGUUUCCUCCAAUGUUACAACGCGGCGCUUUAUUGGUUUAGUUCCUGGUAGAAGUUACCAGAUAUCUGUAACAGCGUACAGUGGCGUCAACUCCCAACCGUCAUCCAUCGUUACUCAAAGGAGCUUUCCUCCACAAGUCAAUGUCACCGUCACCGUCACCAGCCCUACAGCCAUGAUGGUCUCAUGGGUGGCUCCAACUUCAGACGUUGACUACUACGUGGUCUAUUUAAAUGAAACUUACAACCCAACAGCAGUGAAGCUCUUCAAUGUGUCCACACUUAAAACAAAAGAAUUUACUGAUCUGGUUCCUGGUAGAAGUUAUGAUGCUUCUGUAACGGCUUAUAGUGGCAUCUACUACCAACCAUCUGCUAUCAUUACCAGAAGAACCUUUCCUCCACAAGUCAAUGUCACCGUCACCAUCAACAACUCUACGGACAUGACAGUCUCAUGGGUGGCUCCUAUUUCAGAUGUUGACUACUACAUAGUCUACGUAAAUGAAACAAACAACUCAUCAGUAGCAUAUCCCUACAAUGUUUCCUCCAAUGUUACAACGCGGCGCUUUAUUGGUUUAGUUCCUGGUAGAAGUUACCAGAUAUCUGUAACAGCGUACAGUGGCGUCAACUCCCAACCGUCAUCCAUCGUUACUCAAAGGAGCUUUCCUCCACAAGUCAAUGUCACCGUCACCGUCACCAGCCCUACUGCCAUGAUGGUCUCAUGGGUGGCUCCAACUUCAGACGUUGACUACUACGUGGUCUAUUUAAAUGAAACUUACAACCCAACAGCAGUGAAGCUCUUCAAUGUGUCCACACUUAAAACAAAAGAAUUUACUGAUCUGGUUCCUGGUAGAAGUUAUGAUGCUUCUGUAACGGCUUAUAGUGGCAUCUACUACCAACCAUCUGCUAUCAUUACCAGAAGAACCUUUCCUCCACAAGUCAAUGUCACCGUCACCAUCAACAACUCAACGGACAUGACAGUCUCAUGGGUGGCUCCUAUUUCAGAUGUUGACUACUACAUAGUCUACUUAAAUGAAACAAACAACUCAUCAAUAGCAUAUCCCUACAAUGUUUCCUCCAAUGUUACAACGCGGCGCUUUAUUGGUUUAUUUCCUGGUAGAAGUUACCAGAUAUCUGUAACAGCGUACAGUGGCGUCAACUCCCAACCGUCAUCCAUCGUUACUCAAAGGAGCUUUCCUCCACAAGUCAAUGUCACCGUCACCGUCACCAGCCCUACAGCCAUGAUGGUCUCAUGGGUGGCUCCAACUUCAGACGUUGACUACUACGUGGUCUAUUUAAAUGAAACUUACAACCCAACAGCAGUGAAGCUCUUCAAUGUGUCCACACUUAAAACAAAAGAAUUUACUGAUCUGGUUCCUGGUAGAAGUUAUGAUGCUUCUGUAACGGCUUAUAGUGGCAUCUACUACCAACCAUCUGCUAUCAUUACCAGAAGAACCUUUCCUCCACAAGUCAAUGUCACCGUCACCAUCAACAACUCUACGGACAUGACAGUCUCAUGGGUGGCUCCUAUUUCAGAUGUUGACUACUACAUAGUCUACUUAAAUGAAACAAACAACUCAUCAGUAGCAUAUCCCUACAAUGUUUCCUCCAAUGUUACAACGCGGCGCUUUAUUGGUUUAGUUCCUGGUAGAAGUUACCAGAUAUCUGUAACAGCGUACAGUGGCGUCAACUCCCAACCGUCAUCCAUCGUUACUCAAAGGAGCUUUCCUCCACAAGUCAAUGUCACCGUCACCGUCACCAGCCCUACAGCCAUGAUGGUCUCAUGGGUGGCUCCAACUUCAGACGUUGACUACUACGUGGUCUUUUUAAAUGAAACUUACAACCCAACAGCAGUAAAGCUCUUCAAUGUGUCCACACUUAAAACAAAAGAAUUUACUGAUCUGGUUCCUGAUAGAAGUUAUGAUGCUUCUGUAACGGCUUAUAGUGGCAUCUACUACCAACCAUCUGCUAUCAUUACCAGAAGAACCUUUCCUCCACAAGUCAAUGUCACCGUCACCAUCAACAACUCUACGGACAUGACAGUCUCAUGGGUGGCUCCUCUUUCAGAUGUUGACUACUACAUAGUCUACUUAAAUGAAACAAACAACUCAUCACCCUACAGCAUGAUGGUCUCAUGGGUGGCUCCAACUUCAGACGUUGACUACUACGUGGUCUAUUUAAAUGAAACUUACAACCCAACAGCAGUGAAGCUCUUCAAUGUGUCCACACUUAAACAAAAGAAUUUACUGAUCUGGUUCCUGGUAGAAGUUAUGAUGCUUCUGUAA